AAAUUUAAAUAGUUAAUUAAAUACUGUGAAUUUGACAGACAGAUUCAAUUACAUGUGUAUCGAAACAGUCAAAUUUACAGUUUGAAAUACAUAUCGUGUAAGAAAACUUUAAGUAAACAUUGCCCACCAUUUUUGCUUGGUGGGUUACUUCCGACAGCAUUGCCAAUUCUGCUUAUUUAUUCCGAUUGUUAAAUUGGACAGAAAGAAAAGUGGAAUAACUUCGCAGCUCUAGCUCUAAAAGAGGGCAUAAUGGCUGAGUUACCGGAAAAUUUACAAAUUGUAAAGACAGAAGGACCCCAAUUACCGGAAACGGAAGUACAACCGCGUCGGCUUAUUAAGGAGCGCCUGAAUUUACACGUGAAACGUCGACUCCAACAAGAACAGGAACCGCAGGCACAAACGCAGCAGCAAUUACAAAAAAUUACUCACCCUUCUGGGAAUAUAGCCCGAGAAACUGUCGCUAUUACAGCGCCCCAACAAUCGCCCAAAUCAGCGAAUGUAAACGUGAAUUUGACCGAAAACGACGUCACUGCCUCGACAUCAACAUCGAAAAGGAAAGAGAAACAACAACAGAAAGAACCAGUCAAAACACGAAGACCCUAUCAAAAGCGUGUGGACAAAAACACCACCAAAAUACAAACACAAACGCAAAUAAUUGAAGAUGGCGGAAAAGGUCGCAAAACCAAACGUCAUAAGCAGCAGGGAACAUUUUUUGCUGCAGGGCCGAGUGGCAACGCCGGUGUAUUAUGUUUAUCGCCCGGCGUUGAAGAAGGCAGCGCUGGCGGCGGUGAUGAAGUGGAUGGUCGAGAUAUGUAUUCACGAGAUAAAGAGAAGUGUCCCGAUAUUUUAGGUAUGGUGUUGAGCGGCAAAAAGCGUUCCUUGAUGCAAAAUGCAGAGGUUCAAGAAUUUUUAGCCAAAAUAAUGACUGCAUUUAAAAAUUAGAACUUAAGAUUAAGAGCUUUCAAUUAAGGUAAUGAAGUCAUAUACUGUUACGUUUAUUAUUCACAUACACUAGAUUAUUAAAUAAAACGUUGAAAUUACA